GCGGGGGGCGGGGGGCGCAGUCCCGGGACGCGGGAUGCUCGGUACGCUGCCUCAUCGCGGCCCAGGCCACUCGCCUACCUCGCCACCUCGCCCGCCGGUCCCAGAGGUGUGGCCGAGUGUCUGAGGCUGACCGUAGAUUGAUGGGUGUUGAGUCCGAAUAGUUGGGACCCUUGAAGAACAGCUUCUGGGAUACUCUGCGUUUCAGAACAGGUUUGCUUCUUUCCAUAAAGAAAUCCUUACUGGGAUGCAAGCAGUAUGAGAUAUGUGCCUUGCAAAACGGUCCUCAUUUUAAGAGAUGUUGUGCUGGGGGACACCGGCAGCCUUAUAUUUCCAAGCGUAAACUUGACUCGCAGGCCUGGAGAAAGCUGAGUAGAUGUGGGGAGCGCACAGCUGAGUAGAUGUGGGGAAGCAGCAUCCAACCCGUGGGACCAGGCAUAUAUUCGCCGAUUGGCCCGAAUAUAUAAAUACAGCCCGUUUACCCGAGCCGCUUUGGAAUUAGUGAUUUCCUCCUAAUAAAUAUUACUAUUAGAUAUACACUCGAGCGUGUGCAUGUUUGUCAGAACGGACAAGAUCACUUUGCUUCUUUUUGUUUUUCCUUUUAUUCUUUCAUAAAUCAUUGGUCCCAUGGUGUUUAGUAUAAUUCAGUUUCUUUUUCUGCAGCUCUGAAGACACUAUAGGGGAUACAGAAGCGUGUAUCUUAGCAGAUUUCAGCAAAAACAUGGGAUCUGAGCUUAGCGUGGUGCCCUGAGCCACUGAGAAUAUUCACAACUUCCUCCUACCCUCUAGCUGAUACAUUUAGAAUUUGUCUAUAAACGUUUAUGGAUGUGAAUGCUAUAUGGAAGUUUUAAAAAAUGUGUAUAAAGUACACCUAAAGUUCCUAUUUUCUCAAAAUGAUUCUCAAGCUAAACAUUGUAAGUAGCCAGUUGUGGUAUUGGGAACACGUGUUGGAAGAAAAUAAGCAAGCAAGGUUUAAAAAAAAUUAAAGAAGCAUGCUGUUUUCUUUAAAACAACAACAAAAACGUAGUGAUUUUUUACCCGGCAUUCCAUUCCAUUCUGGGAUGCUCUGUUAACAUCUUCAAAUUAGUGGUUGAGCUAGUGAAAAAAAAAGUCAGCAUUAAUUUUCAAAAGCUUGAGAGCAUUAAAAAAAAAUCCAUAUUAUGUAAACCAUAUUAUGGCUUAUAAAAUAAAGCAGCCUGUUUUCAGGUAGCCUGGAUUAUCUUGUAAUUCCAUUUCCAUCCAGCUCUAAAUAUAGAUUAUGACACUAUUCUGUUUUACUAGUCUUUUUCAUAAGAAAGAAAAUGUGUUAUAAACACAAAAUCAGUUGUGAUUAAGAACGUCUUCAAAAAAUGGUUGUCAUGGGGAAGCAAGCAAUUUGGGAGAAGCCAGUACAACUUUUGGGGGCCAGGGAUAGCUUGUUUCUCCUUACUUUGAUUACUGAGGAGCAGUGACUAAAAGGAAGCAUUUUAAUUGCCUUAAGUGCCCACACUUGCCCUGGAGAUACGAUGAUGCUCACCUGCUGUCUUUGGUGAAGUUUCCCAAUUCAUAUUCAAGGAAACGAUUGGGUCAAAUCCAUGCCUAAUUCCAACAAAACUGAAUUUUCUUUUUUUUUGUUGGGGAGGGUGGGAGCCUUAAUUAUCUGCAUGAUUACACUUCCCAUCUCUGCUUCUCUGAGGAAGUACAGCAUUUCCUUUGCUCAACCAACUCCUACAGAAAGAAAGCCAAUAGAGACACACCAAUUUCCUUUCCAUUGAAUUUUUGAUUAUUUCAGUCAGUCCUCUUAAUUCCCUUAAUUUCUGUCUUAUCCGAAGGGAUGUGACAUACGUAUAUUUGGAAUAUAAUAUACUUAUUAAAAAUAGAUUAACUGCAUAAUGGAGGGGAGUGUAAACAUUAAGAAAAUAUAUAUUUGUUUAUGUUUAGUACCUCAUAGUUUCCUAGACUCAAGUAUGAAAAAUACUGGCUCUUAAAUGCCCCGCAUCUUAUUCUGUUGUCUAAUAGUCUGUUUAUAUCAAAAUAAGUGCCUCUUCCCACAAAUCAUUCUGAACCACAGUCCAUCAAGGCCUUCCCUGCCCUCCUAGGUGGUCUGGGAAGAUUGCUGCAUGAAAUCACUCAUCUCCUGAUGCAUGCCAGCCAGCAGCAACAAGUAUUGGAAGGCUGACAAAGAUGAUAGCUGUUACUUGUUUUCUCUUUAGAGUGCCUUAACCAAGGGAAGUCUGGACCACCUGGAGUUCUUAUUUAAUUGCAAUAAUCUGGGUGUAUAUUUUUUUUAAAGGUUUGAUAGUUUUGAUAUAGCUCCUAGGCAUUCAGAAAUGAAGCAAUCCAGAUAACACACCAAUUGUGCAAGAAGGACAGUGUUCAUAAACCCAUUUGUGGAAGCAAGGCAGAUCUACACAGCACGAUGCAAAACGAAAGUUUGGCAAAAUUUUUUUAGUCAGUCGAUUAACUGGCAUAUUAACUCUGCCAAGCACAUAAAUAUGUGAAGAUAUAAUAUUAUCCAGGUUGGCAAGGAGCUUUGAUGAAAUUAAGCAGAGAACAACCAACUCUCCAUUUAAGGAUGUGCUAGAAAGGUAAGAGACGUGGUGUUUUGCAGAGAUAGUCUUGGUGUUGGGCAGACCUGAAAGUUCUUAGCAGGUGAGCUAUAAUGGAAGGAAAGGACAUGUAAAUUACAGAUCAUUUCCCUGGGGGAACAGUAAUGUCCUUGCUGUUUUCUUUUCAGUAUUAACUAGGCAGCUUGACUUCUUAGAAUGGUUUUGUCAUCUCAGGAUUACUAUUUUAUGAAUCACACUGAACAGAGCCAACGUUUUUUUUGAAGUUCUAAUUUCAGGUGUUUUUGAAGAAAAAUUCACCAUUUGGAUGUGAGGAAGGACAUGAGGAGACCAAAGACCUGGGAUUUUGCUGAUCAGAAUGAAACAAAUGUUGAAAGACUUUUCAAAUCUACUGUUGGUGGUGCUCUGUGACUAUGUUCUUGGAGAAGCUGAAUAUCUCCUUCUGGGGGAACCGGGCCAUGUAGCACUAAGCAACAGGACAGUGUCUGUGGAUUUCCAGUAUUUGGAUGGUGCCAAUGGGACGCUGAGGAAUGUCUCUGUCCUGCUGUUGGAGGCCAACACCAAUCAGACUGUUACCACCAAAUACCUCCUGACCAACCAGUCCCAGGGGACCCUUGAGUUUGAGUGCUUCUACUUCAAGGAGGCCGGCGACUACCGGUUCACGAUGACUCUGGAAGCCACAGACAGCAGCCCUCCGGUCCCCUGGUGGGAGAGGAGCGCCUUUCUGAAGGUGGAAUGGCCUGUCUUUCAUGUUGACCUGAACAGGACAUCCAAGGCGGCCGAAGGCACCUUCCAGGUGGGCCUUUUUACCAGUCAGCCGCUGUGCCUGUUCCCCGUGGACAAGCCCGACAUCUUGGUGGAUGUCACCUUCACCAACAGCCUUCCGGAGGCAAGAAUGAGUCAGGGCCAGCCGCUGGAGAUAAGGGCUAGCAAGAGGGCAGAACUCGCUCAAGGCCAGUGGGUUGAGUUUGGCUGUGCACCUGUGGGGCCGGAAGCCUAUGUCACUGUGGUGCUGAAGCUGCUCGGCCGGGACUCGGUCAUUACGUCCACAGGCCCCAUUGACCUGGCCCAGAAGUUUGGAUAUGCACUGGUGAUGGCGCCAGAGCUCACGUGUGAGUCCGGGGUGGAGGUGAGGGUACUGCCCCCGCCAUGCAUCUUUGUCCAAGGGGUGAUCGCUGUCUUCAAGGAAGCCCCCAGACGCCCUGGGGAAAGGACCAUCCGGCUGGCUGAAAACAGUCUGACCUUGGGAGAAAGGAGAACAGUAUUCAACUGCACUUUGUUUGACAUGGGGAGGAAUAAAUACUGCUUUGACUUUGGCGUCUCAAGCAGAAGCCAGUUUUCUGCAAAGGAGAAGGAGUGCAUGCUAAUUCAGAGAAAUAUAGAAACUUGGGGACUGUGGCAGCCGUGGAGCCAGUGUAGUGCCACGUGUGGGGACGGUGUCAGAGAGCGUCGCCGCCUGUGCCUGCCCUCCUCCCCCUCCCGACCUGGCUGCCCUGGAAUGUCCUCGGAGAGCUCCCCGUGUUCCCUGGAGGACUGUGCGGCUUUCCAGCCAUCCAGUCCGUCUCCUUUCCAGCCCCAGACUCCCGUGAAGUCCAGCAACAUCGUGACGGUCACUGGGAUAUCCCUGUGCUUGUUCAUCAUCGUGGCCACUGUGCUCAUCACGCUGUGGCGGAAGCUGGGCCGCGCCCCCAAGUGCAGCACCCCAGUCCGCCACAACUCCCUGCGCGCGCCCGGCUGCCGGAAGAACUCGGACGAGGAGAACAUCUGCGAGCUGAGCGAGCCCCGUGGCAGCUUCUCAGACGCGGGCGACGGGCCGGCGGGGAGCCCCGCGGGCCAGGGCAUCCCUCUGACCUACCGGCGGAGCGUGCCGGCGCCCCCCGAUGACGAGACCUCGGGCAGCGAGAGCUUCCAGUCUAACGGCCAGAAGAUCAUCCCACCCCUGUUCAGCUACCGCCUGGCCCAGCAGCAGUUGAAGGAGAUGAAGAAGAAAGGCCUGACGGAGACCACCAAGGUGUACCACGUGUCCCAGAGCCCCCUGACGGACACCGCCAUCGACGCCGCCGUCGCCGCGCCCCCGGGAGGCUCCGAGAGCCCCGAAGAAGCCGCGGCCGGCAAGUUCCGCCUCAAAUCCCCGUUCCUGGAGCAGCCGCCCGCGGUCGGCGCCGGGGACAGGCCCCCCUCCCGGCUGGACCACCCGCUCUCGCCGGCCAGCUGCGCCGUCAGCCCCAGCCAGAGCCUCCUCCGCAAGUCGCAGAUGAGGAGCCACCCCCGGGGGUCCCAUUUCCGGAGGACGGCAAGUUUCCACGAGGCCAGGCAGGCCCGACCGUUCCGGGAGCGGAGCCUGUCCACCCUGACCCCCCGGCCAGCCCCCGCCUACAGCUCCAGGAGCCGGACGUGGGACCAGACGGGAGAGCGAGUCCGGCCCCCGAGUCGAGGCGCGGCCCUGUUUCCGGAGAAACGGGACCACUGUCCAGGGGCAGGUGGAAGCAGUGGCCCGUUAAGCCCUUUCCCUAAACCCCACACCCUAGGGCAGCCCACGAGGAAACCAGACCUGGGGGAUCGCCAGGCAGGGUUCGUGGCGGGAGGUGAGAGAACGGAGCCUCACCGGGCUCGGAGGGGACCGUCCCCCAGUCACAGGAAUGUCUCAAGGAAGCGGCCUUCCUCCCCGGCCCCCAGAGAUAGCUACCAGAGGGUCAGUCCUCUGAGCCCUUCUCAGUGUCGGAAAGACAAGUGUCAGAGCUUCCCCGCCCACCCGGAGUUCGCCUACUACGACAACACAUCCUUCGGCCUCACCGAGGCGGAGCAGGGGAUGCUGGACCUCCCGGGAUAUUUUGGGUCAAACGAAGAGGAUGAAACCACGAGUACGCUGAGUGUGGAGAAGCUGGUCAUCUAGACCGAGAUCAGCCUGAGACUUCACACAACAGGGGUCCUCUGCCCAGCUGCUCGCAUUGUUCUGUGGGGUGUUCUGUGUAACUAUUUGUACAACAGGACAGGAUGUGGGGAGGUGGUAACUGACACCGGUGUCCGCAUGUGUUUUAAUUCAUAAGGAAGAAGUUAGUUAUCCGGAGCUUUUCCCUUCGUUAUCCUGUUUCUAUUGGCUUAUUACUGCUAACUCUGAUAAUAAAAAUUUAAACAACAGUGCAAUAGGGCUUGGCCUCUCCUGUGAAUAUGAAAAAUGACAAGAUGCAACUUGGCAGGUUCCAACUUGAAACAAACCUGAGAGUUUCAACAGGAAGAAGGGCUGGAACAAAGUAAGCUCGCCAAUACAACCCUGAACUGUAAUUUAUUACGUUUUAAAUCCUUCAGAAUUUGACUCCUGCGUGGGCAGUAUUGAACAGGUUUUAUAUCUGACUAAGUCAAUUCCUAGGUUACCUAGAAUUGGUGAUACCACAAGAUAUUCCAGAAGAACUUUCAGGCCAGAGUUGGGUGAUAUCUUACUGUUUUCUAUGCAAGAAAGAGUGCUGGGGACUCGACACAAACUUUAUGUGAGUUAGUUCUGCUUUGGAGAAACAAUAUAAGAAGCUGAUCGUUCAGGUAGUGAGUCAAAUGAAGACCUGUCCAUCAUUGUUCUGAGCAAAAAGUAAACAUUUUGGAAAGGAAGGUGUUGUCUCCCAGGAGAGCAUCAACUGGAACCCGGGCAGUGGAUGCCGCCUGGCAUCAGGAUGCUGACUAUGUGCUCCUGGACCAAGCUGCAGCCAGGACCCCAGGAGUGUCAUUCUGAAACUGGUGUGUGUAUAUUUUUUUUUUUAAAUAGAGGACGUUUACUAUUUCUUUGCUGGUCAAACAGAACACAGAUGGGGAGUACACAGGGGAGGGGUGCCUUGUAAAGGGAUGUAUGUGGCGGUUUCUUGGGAAAUAGUCCAAGGAGUCUUCUCAGCAAAGGGACUUGGGCUGGUGUGUCAUAAGCAUCCAACACACCCAGUCCUUGGCCUUAAGUUGGGUUCCCCCCCAUAGGCGGUCUGUGGAGAGUCUCACUUUUUUCCCAGCUCCUUUGCUGGAAUCCACACUCCCAGUGUGAUGGGGGCUUGGUCCUAGAGAGGGGUCUGGAGAGCCCCCAGGAAACAGCCCAGGGUUGGUAAGAGGGCUCCUGUGCCCACUGCCCAAGGGUACGAGAACCCUGCGGGGUGCUAAAGGCUGCCCACCUCUCCUCUGCCCUCUUUCCUUCCCCCAGGCUGGGCAAGAGAAGAGGAGGGAUGAGUAGGGUCCCCAGCCUCUACUGAGUCCCAGGGGCCUCAGGGUGGGGUGGAGGAAGGGUGGAGAGUGAGGGUCUUGGCCAUCAACAGACACUGUAAACUUUGGUUUAAAACAAUACCUUAAGUGGAGGCAGGGCUUCCAGCCUGGGGCCGGAAGUAUCAUAAUAUCACGUUAUUUAGAAAGUAUGUGAAUUAAUCUCAAGUAUAUGGAAAACAGGUAGGCUAGAUUAUGAUUUUACAGCUUAAGCUUUUGUAAUUGGAAGAAAGAGGGAAGUAGAGAAAAGAAGUCUUUUUAAAGUAUUUAUUUAUUGGCUGCGCCGGGUCUUCGUUGCCACAUGCAGGAACUUUAGUUGUGGCAUGCGAACUCUUAGCUGUGGCAUGUGGGAUCUAGUUCCCUGACCAGGGAUCGAACCUGGGCCCCCUGCAUUGGGAGAGUGGAGUCUUAGCCACUGGACCACCAGGGAAGUCCUGAGAAAAGAAGUCUUUUAGAAAUUUAGAAUCACUUAAUGUUUUCUGAUUCAAUCUGCCUACCACAUUUUACAGGUAAAGAAUUCGAGGCUUGGGAAGGAAACUAACUCCUGCCAGGUUGGAUGGACAUGGACUCAUAUUUUAAUUCUAACUGCCAUAUUGUUUGCACUCUGCCCUCACAGCCUUUUUGAGUCUUCUCCCAACAGCAGAAACUUCCUGAGAAAGCGGGCCCUUUUUGCAGUGAGAGGGCAUAGAGAGAUGCCUUUACUAGCUUUUCCCAAAGGAAGGAAGCUUUCUGCCGCCUGAUGUGAGAACUGGUCUUGCAGCUUGCUUUAUUUGGAAGUGAGGGCUACACAAAAGAACCUAGAGGUCAGGUUCGUCAUUGGAAGUCUGUCAUCAGGUAUCAUGUGGGCACUCUGCAAUCUGGUAUACUUCCUUUCAGACCUUGAACUUGACACCUUAUCUGCAUACACUUGAGUAGCUGCACUUGCUUUUUGUUCACCAUGACCUCUCUUAGCUGCCACACCCACCCUGCCUUUUAGACUGUUUUCUUUCUUCCUUCUAGAGUUUAUCAGGAUGUCAGCCUGCUGGUGAGGUUUCAGGGACCAUUGGAGAGAGUGGAAUUAGAU